UCCUCCGAUAGUGUCGUGUCCGAAGUUCCUUACGGGCGGUGGUAUUUCGAAGGAAUUUCCAGAGGCCACCCAAGACCCAGUGUCCAGUAGUAGGAGGAUUAAUUGAGCCCAGAUCUGGGUAGGGUCGCGUCGGUUAUGUCGGUCUCGAAGAUAAAGAUGCUGCUGCCAGUGAUGAUGGUAGUGGCGCUGAUGUUGUUGACCUCGCAGCCGGUCGUAAGUCAGCGAAUCGUCGAACAGCCCUGCCCUGACCCGGAAAGUCGCCCGAUUGUGCAAAACUUUGACCUGGAUAGGUACGUCGCCGGCAAGUGGUACGAGAUCCUGCGCUACGACCAGCACUUUGAGCGGGGCUGCGACUGCGGAUUCGCCACACUCACGCCCAAAAAGAGCGGUUCCAUCAAGGUUGAGAACUGCUGCGAACGGUUGCCCAACACCACGCUGAGCUGUUCGGUGGGCCGGGCAUUUGUCAGCUUUCCGGACCAUGUCCCGCUGGAGGGCAAACUGAACGUCACCUUCGGUGGUCCUCCGCUCAACUCCAACUACUGGAUCAUGGACACCGACUACGACAACUAUGCCAUCAUCUACUCGUGCAAGAAUCUUUCCGAGAACAAAUCGGCUGAGGCGGCUUGGGUGCUUUCCAAGCAACGCACCCUCGAGCCCCGGAUUGUGCCGACGGUGGACAAGCUGGUGGAGCAGUAUCUGGUGCGGGCCGAUAUGCGAACCACGGAGCAGAGCCAAUCGAAAUGCAAAUACGACAACUGAGCCCCGACCGAGAACUAGUCUUAAUUGAUCCGCAAAAAACUUUUACCCUGCCCUGAGCAAAACUUAUCAUCAUCAGCAGCCGCCGCC